AUGGCGUGCUCUGCUCAAUCCGUUACUAUCGAGUCCUACCUCGACAACUCGGCUUUCUCCUCGGCUUACGCUACCCCCUCCGAGGAGACCUCUCUGCUUCGAGACCGCAAGCGAAGGCACUCUUUCCAUACGGCGAGGAAGCUAUCUUGCGACUAUGAUGCAGAUGCUGUAUUCCUAAGGGUCGAACUCUUCCUUGCGGAACUGGAAAGACGCCUCCACUGGAUCGAACAAUAUCGCCGAUCCCAUAUGGUACAGAUCGAUGCCAGCCUACGCAGAGCAUAUGCAACAUUAGAGGCUGUACGAGAUCAGUGCUCCCAUGCAUCGGGGGAGCUGAUGGGCAGUGGCAAGAAGAGGGCAAAGAUCCUGGUGGAGACUUUGGAAGACCGUUAUAACGAUGCGUUGGCGACAAAGGAAACAUUAGAGCAAAAGGCUCAAGCAGGUGUCCGCUUGAUGGAGUCUUUCCUGACCGAGCUCGAAUCCCGCGCCCAUGCUGUCCGGGGCCGCGGCGUCUACGGAGCUCUGGACGAUGGCUGGAAGGCGGUUGAUUCGAAGUUGGUCCAAGCGAAGGAAGUGAUGGACGAGGGAAUGGAACGGGCUCGCAUGGUCAAAGAUGCCCUCCGGGAAAACAUCGACCAGGCUAUCCUAUUAGCCAAAGAGAAACGGUUAAUCGCCUAUUCAGAGCUGCCGGAUCCAUGGAGAAUAAACCCUCAUAUUCUUUCUGGCUAUCGGUUCACCUCAUCGAAGGUGGAAUGCUUCACCUCUAUGUUCACACCCUCCAACGAACUCGUCAACAUCUGGUCGCACCUAAUCGGACUUAUCAUUGUUCUCUCCAUCGCCUUCUACUUCUACCCGCUGAACCCUAACUUUCACCUAAGUACUAAUGCUGACAUGCUCAUCGCGGCUGUCUUCUUCUUCGCCGCUUGCAAAUGCCUGGUCUGCAGCACCUUAUGGCACACAAUGAACAGCAUUGCCAGCCAGCCACUGAUGGAGCGCUUUGCCUGUGUCGACUACACCGGAAUUUCCUUCCUCGUUGCCGCCUCUAUCGUGACAACCGAGUACACGGCCUUUUACUGUGAACCUACAUCCCGUUGGGUCUACAUCCUCCUCACAAUGUCCCUAGGAGUCGGCGGCGUUAUCCUUCCGUGGCACCCUACUUUCAACCGCCCGGACUUCGCCUGGAUCCGGGUAGCUUUCUACGCCACUCUCGCCCUGACAGGCUUUGCCCCUAUCGCCCAACUAACCUACACCCGCGGCUUCGCUUGGUGCCUCUAUUUCUACGCUCCUGUCAUGAAGAGCAUCCUCGUGUACUUUCUCGGAGCCUGUGUCUAUGCCUCUCAGGUCCCGGAACGCUGGCGUCCAGGCCUUUUCGACUACUGCGGUGGCAGCCACAACAUCUGGCAUCUUGCAGUCCUCGGAGGCAUCCUGUUUCAUUACCACGCCAUGCAGGAUCUCUUCGCCAACGCUUUCCAGCGCGCGCAGGGUGAAUGUCCUAACCUUACUUCUUAA